GGUCCGGUUCGGUUCGGUUGUUGCCGGUACCACCGCCGGUCCGGGUCCGCCAUGGCCUCGAAUUGCGCGGGGGGUUCGUCUGCGGGGGGCGUCGGGGCGGCGCUGGGCUCUGCCCUCAGCGCCAGCAAAACCAAGACCAAGAAAAAACACUUCGUGUGCCAGAAGGUGAAGCUGUUCCGGGCCUCCGAGCCGCUGCUCAGCGUCCUCAUGUGGGGCGCCAACCACACGAUCAAUGAACUCAGCAAUGUUCCUGUCCCUGUCAUGUUAAUGCCUGAUGACUUCAAAGCCUACAGUAAGAUUAAGGUGGACAAUCAUCUGUUCAACAAGGAAAACUUGCCAAGUCGAUUUAAGUUUAAGGAAUAUUGUCCCCUGGUGUUCCGGAACCUCCGAGAAAGAUUUGGGAUUGAUGAUCAAGACUACCAGAACUCUGUGACCCGAAGUGCCCCAGUGAACAGUGACAGCCAGGGCCGAUGUGGGGCCAGGUUCCUCACCACCUAUGACAGGAGGUUUGUCAUCAAAGCAGUGUCAAGUGAGGAUGUAGCAGAGAUGCACAACAUCCUAAAGAAGUACCACCAGGUAGGGUGAGUCUGGAA